AUGACAUUUGAUACAUUAUCAAUUGAUGAUGAUGAUGUGAUAUGUAGAGAACGUAUUCGACCAAGAAAGAUGAAAUCACAGAAUAUUGUUCAUCGAUUGAGAAACCGAGAACAUUUUGGAAAUCUCACUUCAAUUUCACAUCAUGAUUUUUAUCAAUGCAUUUGUCCUAAUUUGACGGUUGUGAAUAUAGAGAAACCGGCAUGUUAUUUAAGGAAAUUUAGUCCAUGUGGAAAAUAUUUGAUUGCGUUUAGUUCAGACCAAGCAUCAUUAGAAAUCUACGAAUUUAAAGGUUGCGCUGCAGCUUCAAAUCUCAUAGGUGAAGAUUAUACAGAAGAAGUUGUCCCAAACAUAAACAAAGACAAAUGUUAUGACAUUCGAAGUAAAAUAUUUGAGAAAUUCUUUAAACUUAAACAUGUCGUGAAUAUGGAUGGAAGUGAAAAGCAGCUGAAUCGAGAGUGCAGUUUAUUUUGUAAUGACAGAAAGCAUGUCAUUGUUGGUGCUGCAAUUUUUAUUGCUGAUGAUCAUCGACCUCAUUUUUAUGAGCUUUACACGAGCAAUGAAUCAAUCACAACGACUGCUAGUUGCCCUCUUGAAGACUACACUUUAUACAUUAUUGACUUGAUUAAUGGAAAAAUCAGUCAUUCAUUAGAGUUUCGAACUGACAAAAUUAUGUUGUCACAUAAUCAAGGGCUUUAUUUGUACAAUGACACACUAGCAGUGCUUUCAAUUCAACAUCAAACUAUUCAUAUUUAUCAAAUUGUUGAAGGAACUUUUCAAUUCUUGCGAUCAAUUGGACGAUUCUGUUGUGACGAAGAAGCGUUUUUGUUUAAUUCAACAUUAUCAACAAGUAGUAACAAUCGUGCAUUUCGUGAAGUCACAAUCAACAGUUUGAAACAUCGAAUUUUGGUAUUUUUAUUUUAUCAAGCAAAGAUGAAAGUGGAACAAGGCGAUAGAGUAGCUUUGAGAAAGUUUUACCAAAAUUUCGAACAAUUCCGUGAUCUACGAAUGUGGAAAAUUCAAUUACUUGAUGAGGACAAUUUACUUAUAAAAUAUGCAAGUGAAGAUGUUGUGACUCUGAAAGCGCCUGAACCAAACAGUCAAGAAUCGUUUUUUGUGAUAUUUAACAUAUGGGAGAAGAAAAUACUCGCAGUUUACAACAACACGAGUGAAGAAUUGCUUUAUUUAUUUGAAAACUUUUGUGAUUCCUUUCGAAAUGCAAGACUUGCUUUUCGAUCUCAAUGGACAUGUUCACCAAGCAAUAAUAUAUUUGCUAAUCUUCUUCAUCAAAGAUUUAAACAAACAAUAAUAUCAGCGAAGGGAGGAGGAAUUGUCGAAGCUCGCAAACGUCUUCUCGCUCAACUUCCAAUUUCAGCCCAAAGUUAUAGCACAUCGCCUUAUUUAGAUCUUUCAUUAUUUUCGUUCGAUGACAAAUGGGUAUCGCAGAUGGAAAGGCCGAAAGCAGCUAGUGAAUUUCCUAUCCGAUUUUUUGCAAGGGAUUCAGGUCUUCUUCGAUUUAGAAUACAUGCGGGGGUUCAGAAAACGAACAGCUUGUCAACUUCGGGAAGAAGACUUGUUGCUUUUUGUUUUCAUCCAAAUGAGCCUUUUGCUAUUAGCAUUCAGAGAAUUAAUACAGAUUAUAUAGCGAACUUCCAUAUAUGGAACUCUUAUCGAGCCGAUCCAACACAAUUCAUUCAAUUGCAUGGCAGGAAAUGUAAACUACACUUCGAUGUAUCAGAUUUGACUGAGGAGUCUCAAUUCAUGAUGAAAUGGCAAGGACAGAGUGACAAUUUAAUAGAUCGAUUCGAUGUUAGAGCACAUUUAGAUUACAUCCCACCAAUGAAACCAUCAAAAGAUGAAUCAGAACCCGACAUUUCAUCAGAAGAGCGACAAAUCAACUACGAACGUUUCCGUGUUCUAGCACAAAAUGAAUUUCUUGGAGUGACGGAAGAAAGUUUUCUCAAACAACUUCAACUUGAAGAGCAAUUUGGUGUCAAUGCACAUCAAGUGGAGAAUGAAAAAGGAAAGAAAAAGAACAGCAACGCUAAUGCUGCUAUUGGAUAUACUUAUGAAGACACGACGUCAUCAACAACAACAGCAACAGUUCCAUUCUCGCAGACAAUCAUAAAUAUUGAAACAUCAGCAUCGACGAAUCGCUUUGAAGAGUUUGCCAAAGAUUAUUCUGAUGAUUCCGAUGUUGACAUGGAUGUUUCAAUUGACAUUAACAAAAUUGGAACUCAAGAAGCUCACGAGCUUAAUAAUUGUGGAAAACGUUAUGGAAUGGUGACGAAUGAUUUUUUCUCAUUCUUAACAAAAGAUGAAGAUGAAAAGCAAUCAAUCAAAGCUUUAAAAGAACAAGAAGCUGAUAAAGUUGUUGGCACUGGUAGGAAAAGUCGACGAGAACGACGAUCACAACGAGAAAAGAGAAUUGUAGGAAAGCCUUUGAGUCCACCAAGUUAUGCUGCAAAAGAAGAGAAAAUGAAAUCAGCAAUCGAUGAAGACGAAGAAAAAAGUAGUCCGGAAAAUUCGAGGUCACCAUCACCAGAAAAAAUCACUUACAUUACAAGUUUUGGUGGAGAAGAAGAAUUACAACCGCACUCGAAAAUCACAAUAAAAUUGAAUAAACCCACACUGCUGAAAACACCUGGAAAUAGUGAAGUAUUUGGAAUCGCAACUUAUGCUGAUAAAGUGAAACAGAAUUUGGAAAAGUUUAAGAAAAUGAAUGAAGUAGAAAGCAACAGACCGGAAGAAAGACGACGAAGUCGAAGUAGAAGAGAUUCGAGAUCGUGGAGUAGACGACGACGUGAAUCAUCGAGAUCAACAAGUGCUUCAUAUAAACGUCGCUAUAGUUCGAGAUCAACAAGUGGCUCAAGACACAGACGAAGUUCUCGUUCGCGUAGCAGUUCCAUGAGAAGGCGAAGACGUUCAUCACGAUCGUACAGUGUUUCAUCUUAUUCAAAAAGAAAAUCAAGAAGUCGAACGCCAGUUGAUUCAUUGUCAGAAGUUGCGCCAAUUAAGCGCUAUUAUGGACGAAGGAAAGAAGAAGAAAGCAGUUCAUCGUUGAGUGUUGACAGUGACAGUGACAAUGACAAUACAAAGACUGGCACGACUCAAAGUUCCAUAAAUGAUGACACAAAAAUAAAAACUUCUUUCACUAGACCUUCAGAGUUCAAAAUUGGAAUAUCAAAGACAACAGUUGGAGGUCCGACAGUGAGCAAUCCCAGAGAGAAACUGAAGAAGAAAAUGCAAUUAUUAUUGAACAAGCAGUACAAAGCUGAUAAAAAAGCAGAAACAGAAAGAAUUGAAAGACAAAUUCAACAGCAACAGGAACGAGAAGAAGAAAUGAGAGAACUUGCAUUGAAGCUACGUAGAAAGCAAAGAGAAUUGCGUCAUCGCUACGGGGACAAUCGAGACUCAAAGUCUGAAAUUGAUUCUGAUGAAAAUGGAGCGCCGCCAGCAAGUCGAAAGAAGAGAAGAUCGAGUUCAUCAUCGUCUAGCAGCUCAAGUUCAUCUUCAGUUCAUUCGAGUUCUCGUAAUCGACAUAAGCGGUAUAAUAAGGCACCGUUAAGCAUUAAUCGAUCACCGGUAAAGUACCAUCGAAGAUCUAGAAGUCGCAGCACAGGUAGGAAUUACGCACGUCGUUAUUCAAGAUCUCGUUCCCGUUCUAGAGAUUAUCGGCGAUAAUUUUCAUUCCUUUCCAACUCCAUCAAUUCCAUCCUUCCUUCAACUUGUUUAUUCUUUUUUGUUUUCUUUAAGUUUAACUUUAAUGUCAACAACUUAUUAAAAACGUCAAUUUAAUAAUAAAAUAUGAAGUUUUCGCUACAAA